AUGGCACAAGUUGCAGAUCCUCUUGUGAUUAGUGGAGUUGUUGGAGAUGUUGUUGACAGCAUCACUUCAACUACAAAGAUGACUAUAACCUACAAUUCGAACAAGCAAGUGCAUAAUGGGCAUGAGCUAUAUCCUUCCUCAGUUGCCAACAAACCAAAAGUUGAAGUUCCUGGAGGUGAUAUGAGAUCUUUCUUCACACUGAUCAUGACUGACCCUGAUGCUCCUGGUCCUAGUGAUCCAUACCUUAGAGAGCACUUGCACUGGAUAGUUACAGACAUCCCAGGGACGACAAAUUCCUUAUUUGGAAGAGAAGUGGUGACUUAUGAAGUGCCAAGCCCAAAUAUAGGGGUCCACAGGUUUGUAUUCCUUUUGUACAAGCAGAAAGGAAGACAGACAGUGAAAGCACCACUUUUAAGAGAUCAAUUCAGCACAAGAAAAUUUGCCGAAGAAAAUGAACUUGGCGUUCCUGUUGCUGCUGUUUUCUUCAACUGCCGGAGGGAAACAGCACCAAGAAGGCGUUGA